AAAAGAAAUUGUAUAUGGGGGUAUAGACGUUUCUAUGAGGCGCAAUACUAAGGGGAUGCAAUGGAAGCCAGCGCUGGCCGAACAUAGAGACGAGCUGCUGUGAUUUAUUUAGCGGGAAUGAGGGAAACGCACAGCGAGUGAAACAUUUGCCGUUUAUUCCCUGGGAUUUGCACUCCUCUAUAUAACUGUCUAUUCCUGCCUGCUCUGAGAACGUCCGCCAUAUUCUUCCUUACCACGCCCGGGGAGCAGAGCCAUUGAAAGGAAAGGAGAGAGAGGGGGAAAAAAGGGCUGGCUGUGGGAAUGAUUGCAAGCAGACACAGCUUGUGACUAGAAGACGACUGGAUGCACAGAACGAAGCCAUUGCAAAUAUAAAAUAAAGGAAGGAGGGAGAGAAGGGGUCUGAAGGCUGGCAGUUUGGAAGGAUCUCUGAGGAAAAUCAAGAGGAGAGGAGGGAAAAAAAUGUGUGAGAGGGGGGAAGGGUGCGAGCUGAUGAGCCUGUUAGCGUUACAGUAGGGUCUGCAGGGGAGCUCACGCUCAUUGCUAAGGGACAUUCGGAAGGAAGAAAACAACAAAAGGGACUGAAGGCGUACGUUACACCCGGUGCCUGCUGCCGCCAGCCCCCGCCUGUGUGUCGGGCUUUGCCAGUGAGGGCUGUUAUUCCCAUGGAUGUCACCAUGUUGUUUGGUGCAUGGUUUUGAGAGGAGGCGGAGUUGGAGCAGGCGAGUGACAGCAGAUCGGGUGUUUGGUGUCCCCUGUACACGGGCAACGGCAGCGCCCACCCACCCACUUAAGGGGGUGCUAGCAGAUCAGCUGUUUGGUGGGGGGUACCUGCGUACCUUGGUGCUGUAGCCCGUGGAUUUUAACUGCUUUAUCAGUAUAUUUUUUUAGCGUUUUUUCCCCAUUUUGCACUGCAUUGCCUCCCCCCUGUUUUUGUUGCAAGAAAGCAGGGUUGCAGCGGCAGGUCUGUGUUUUGCAGGGUGGGGGUCUGUCUCUCUCCAGCAGUCAGGAGACAUGACUCUGGAGUCCAUCAUGGCGUGCUGCCUCAGCGAGGAGGCCAAGGAAGCCAGAAGGAUCAACGAUGAGAUCGAAAGGCAGCUCCGCCGGGAUAAGAGGGACGCCCGCAGGGAACUGAAAUUGCUGCUGCUGGGCACAGGAGAAAGUGGCAAAAGCACGUUUAUCAAGCAAAUGCGAAUUAUUCACGGAUCUGGCUACUCUGAUGAAGAUAAGAGGGGUUUCACCAAACUUGUUUAUCAAAAUAUAUUCACAGCAAUGCAGGCUAUGAUCCGUGCCAUGGAAACCCUUAAAAUCCCAUACAAGUAUGAACACAACAAGGGCCAUGCACUGUUAAUUCGGGAGGUGGAUGUAGAGAAGGUGUCCACGUUUGAGAACCCUUAUGUAGAUGCAAUAAAGUAUUUAUGGAAUGACCCAGGUAUACAAGAGUGUUAUGACAGACGACGGGAGUAUCAGCUGUCUGACUCCACUAAAUACUAUCUCAAUGACCUGGACCGUAUAGCAUGUCAUGGGUAUCUUCCUUCUCAGCAAGAUGUUCUCAGAGUUCGAGUUCCAACAACAGGCAUUAUUGAGUAUCCCUUUGACUUGCAAAGUGUCAUUUUCAGAAUGGUGGAUGUUGGAGGACAGCGUUCAGAGAGAAGAAAAUGGAUACACUGCUUUGAGAAUGUCACUUCCAUAAUGUUCCUAGUAGCUCUUAGUGAAUAUGAUCAAGUGCUCGUGGAAUCUGACAAUGAGAAUCGAAUGGAAGAAAGCAAGGCGCUGUUUAGAACAAUUAUCACAUAUCCCUGGUUUCAAAAUUCUUCAGUCAUUCUGUUUCUAAACAAGAAAGAUCUCCUGGAGGAGAAAAUUAUGUACUCGCAUCUAGUUGAUUAUUUCCCAGAAUAUGAUGGACCCCAGCGAGAUGCACAAGCGGCAAGAGAGUUCAUUUUAAAGAUGUUUGUAGACCUGAAUCCUGACAGUGAUAAAAUCAUCUACUCGCACUUCACCUGCGCCACAGACACAGAGAACAUUCGCUUCGUCUUUGCCGCUGUCAAGGACACUAUCCUGCAGCUGAACCUGAAGGAAUACAACUUGGUCUAACUGUGCCUGCUAGCUUUCCUUAUCUCCCUUUGGGCCAUUGAAGAAAAUACAAGAUGGACUGUAUUAUCUAUGAGAGAGAGAGCGAGAAAGAGAAAAAAAAAAAACAAUUUGCAUAAUACUAAUUUAUUGCCGUCCUGGACUCUGUGAAAGUCCACAGAGUUUGUAGUAAUUAUUAAGAUUUUAUUUAAAGUAUAUAGAGAUAAAACACACAGCUGCAAUACACAGCAGCACAAUUUUCUAGGAGAAAACAGCUCGUGUUUUAAAUUCUCAGUCGUGUACUCGCAAGGGCCGGUUUUAGUUUUUAUGGUGUUUUUCCAUUUUUAGGGAGAGAGCAGGGUGCUUUCAGUUCCGCAUGAGCCUCCUCAUUCCUUUAGGGUAUUAUAGUCUUUUAAAGCAAAAUAUUACUUUGUUUCCCCAAAAAUCAUUCCUUUCUGAGCCGCUUAAAGUAGUAAACAAUUAGGCAUAACUUUUUUUAUAUUAUAUAUAUAUUUUUUAAUUUAAGCCAUCCGCUUUGCUAACUUAUAUACUUUUCUGAAGGAUUAAAAAAUAUUGAUACUGUGAUUUUUAAAUUAUUGACAUGUAUAAAGUAAAUUUGGUUUUUGGUACUGUCUUUUGUCACUCUAAGGUGAGACUAGAAAGAUCGAUUCAACCCGUAGCCAUUAGCUAAUUAUCAUGACAAAUGGCAGACAGCAGUCAAAGUGUUAAAUGAUCAAGACACCCCAUAAAAAGAGAACAGAGUAAACUUUACAGUGUGCCAAUUUGAAAGGGGACGUAAAAAAACUUGCACAGAGAGAACAGUAUGGACACUACUACCCCAGACAUCAUUUAUUUUGUUUUUAUUUUUUGUUAAUACAAUAUAAUAUGUGCAAAUCAAUCUUCCAGUUGCCAAAAUAAGGCUUUUAUUAAUUCUUUUUUAUUUUUUUUAUAUAAAUACUGUUCAUAGAUAAGAUGAAAUGCCAAAACUGACUGAUUAGGUUCCAACUAAAUCUGAUGACUGCCAAAUGAUUAGCCUGUUUCAAUCCACAUAGUUUCAUGCUCUUGUAAAAGUAUUCCAUAAACUUUGCCAAAAUAAAAGAAAAAGGAUAAAACGCGCAGUACAUGAAAAAAGCUUAGUAUUUACAGCAUAGUAACUUGCAGUGUAGCGCAUUAAGGAAGUCGGAACUCUUCAUAGGGAUCAUUUUUAAUCAAAUUCUUAAUAAACUUUUGCCUCAUUUAUGAUUGACGACAAAUGCAGUCAGUGAUAGAUUGUUGCCGUUGAAAAAUCCUCUUCAAUGUCGUCUUGUGUUUUCAUGUGAUUAAACCUUCAGCGUGAUGAAUAAAAUUAAAGCUCCACUAAGGUUUAUUUGCUAAACAUGCUAGAGGAAAGGCACCUUUUUUAAUAGUAGUGCCUUGCAGGCCGCGGUGGUGAUGUCUAAAGACCAUUUGCUUUUCAUAGGCGCAAAAUACAGAUUCCAAAUUUCCCUUGCAUUGUAAUCAUUUAGUCGGCUGCAUUAUGCACUUCCUGCUAACAAAACAAAAAAAAUAUACGUUUGUUUUUUUUUUUUAAUCUAAGUAUUAGUCCCACCAUGCUUGUUGAAUUAAAAGUGGCCAGGGUAAAAAAAA